AUGCGGCAGAACAAUGACAGCCAGAAGCUCCUUGUCGCGGGCAUUCCGAAAUCACUGGACAAUGCGCAAUUGGCAGAGCUUUUCAGUACCUUUGGCACCGUGCUCGACGCUUCAGUCGUGCAAGACGUUGUCACCAACACGUCGCGUGGCUUUGGCUUUGUGACGUUCAGCGGGGCCUCAGCUCUACGCGCUGCUAUCAAAGGCAUGCACCGGAAGGUGGUGGAAGGCCGUACGUUGAACGUGCGGCAGCUCGUGCCCAAGGACGAAUUCCAGCCAAUGACCCCCGAUGUGAGCAAGCGGCCGUGCUGGUUGUUGCGCAAAGGCAAGUGCACAAUGGGCGCCAGUUGUUUGUUUUCCCACGACGUGCAGGAUGGAGAUUGUGGGAGCUGCUUUGAGUUUGUGCAGACGGGCGCGUGCAAACGAGGAGACAAGUGCAAGUUCUCGCACGUUGAGAACCCGGAGAAGGAGGGACUGGAGCAUUGCAAGGAGAAGGACGGCACAAGUGCGGCGGGUGCAAGAGCGGGCACGACGACUCGCGUGUGCUACAGCUAUCAGAACGGACGAUGCCAUCGAGGCAAAAAGUGUCGCUUUGUCCAUGAGAAGCUGGUGACGGAGGACGUGGGCAAGGUUGGUACAAAGAGGAAGGCGGAGACGGAACGGAGACAGCAGGAGAGAGACGAUGAGGUGUCUUUGGUGAAGGAGGAGGAGGAGAAGAAGCAGCAGCAGCAGCAGAUGGCAAUGGAGAACCAGAUACAGCUGAAGGAAAAGGUUGUCGAGGCGACAGGGGAAAAAGAGAAGCCGGGACCAGCAGUGCUGGAAAACCAGUCUAGGCUGGUACAGGGCUCGAAUGCACGGGGACGGAAGCAGGAACGGGUGAAGGAAGUUGCGAGACCAAAGGCAUUCGAGUGGAAGGCAAAGGUGGCAAGAACUUGGACGGAAGAGGAUGCUGAAAUUGGACAGGAUGAGGAGAUGCAAGCUGUAGCACCCGAGCAACGGGCGAAAAGGGUAAAGAGGGAAAAGAUUGACAUGGGUGCGGCCUUCGAUGGCGUUUCGGACGACGAGAGUGAUGGGGGGAUGAAGACGAAAGUGGACAAGGAGACGAUGCGCGCGAAUCGCGACAAACUGAAGCAGGAGCGGCGGUCGAAGCGGAGGGCAAAAAAGAACGCUAUUUCCAUGUUGCAGACUACGGGUGAAGUCGCGCUGAAGGCUUGA